AUGAGAACUGAAAUAGUAAUCAGUCAAAUACCGCAGGUUAUAUUACAUGGAAUGCUACUUCUAAAAACUGAUGAAGUAGACAAACCAGGAUACUUGCGUAACUCAUCUAUAGAAAAUACUGAUGUACGGCGUUCAGAUGGAGUCGGUUUUAGUUGCUGUGGUCAUAUCGCCGACUUACUGUUGGAGUGGUAUGUUGGGGUCUCUUGGGCUGUGAGAAUCUUAACCUACGCAGCUAAGGUCAAAUCACAACCAAAGACCAGCUUAGGAUUCGAACCCACGCCUGGC